AGAGCUAGGAAGUCAGCAAAUUUUAAUGACCAAUUUUGAUCAAGUAAAGAACACCCCUGUAUGUUUUGGAAUAAAAUGGAUAACUCUUUUGUGGAAGAAGUGGCUGCAUCUUUGGUUAGAGAAUUUCUCAGCAGAAAGGGUUUAAAAAAGACAAGUGCCAUUAUGGACAGAGAAUUUCCACGUACUGCACUUAGCAUCAACAAUAGAAAUGAACUGCGAAAUGUUUUGCAUCUACAAUCUUUGUACAAACAAAACAAGGCAAAGGAGAAUCCACUGAAAACAAUUCUUGAAGUUAUCACCAACUAUUUUCUUGAACAUUUUGGGACCACCAGAUGUAUCACAAGUCCUGCAGCUUCAGUUCUACAAGCUAAGAGCUCACAGUCUAGGUGUAUAGAAACAUCAUCAGUUAAUGACUACUCAGAUGAAGACAUGCUUGGCAGAACAACAGUGUCUGAUGCAAGUAAAACUGAGGUUUACAGAUAUGACAUUGAUGUUCCACUAGAUAAAGUCAUUCCAUCGAAGAGACAUCAACAUAAAAGUGAGAAAUCCAAGACUGUGGUAGUACCCAAUAGUGGUUCAUCCUCUGAAGGAGAUAAAAAGUCAAAAAAUAGCAGAGAUGAUUUGAAAAUAACAGAAACUUCUGAGGAGAUGAAGACCACAAUGAGAGAGAAGCAAAGGUCCAGGUCUGGUCUCAUUGUCAGAGGAAUGAUGGCUGGACCCACUGCAAGUUCACAAGAGGAUUCAGUAAAAAGGAGGCUUCUGAAACGAUCCUCUGGCAUAAAUAGCAUAAUGCAAUUCAAUGAGGAAGAUCAUCAGAAAAAUUCUUCAGUGGUGCCAACUAGUGAUUUUCAAGAGAUUAAAGGAACUUCCACAGAGUCCAUGAGUUACCUUUCAUCACAUAAUACCAGUAGUCUGAAAGUAGAUAUGGAAUUUUCAUCAAAGAUUUCAUCAAACUCAUAUACAACUUCAGUCAGUGAGAAGCUAAGACAUACGUCCAAAGACACAGCUGAUCCACUUGCCAAACUCUUAUCAGAAAGAGAAAGAACCAAAGUUGAAGAAAGGAAAUCAAUGGCAAGCUUUGAUAUAGACACCAGUGAAAAAAACCUCAGAUUAAGUGUUCUUCACAGACAUUCAGAAGCUGGAAGAGAAAAGAGAGAAAGAUCUCCCAAAAACAAUGAGAAUCGGUUAUCAGGCCGCAGAAAGACUCCAUCAUCCAUAUCCAAUAAAAGUGACCAGAUGAAAGAUGUCCUAGAAGUAGUUGAUUUCAAUGAUGAAGCAACGAUUGGGGAAGUUAGUAGGAUCCCAGAACUUGAAAUAGUAUCAAAGGCAAUAGAUAUUUCCCUAGCAAAAGAAAUAAAAAAUCUUUUGUUUGGCUCAAGCCUUUGUUGCUUCAGUGAAGAAUGGAAAAUACAGAACUUUACAUUUAACAGUAUACCACAGCUAAAAUACGGCAUCAUUCAAAAAAAGGGCGGCCCAUGUGGAGUAUUGGCCGCAGUUCAAGCCUGUGUCCUGCAACAACUUCUCUUUGGAGACAGUAACAGAAAUAGCCAUCUAAUACUACAUAGUGUCACAAAAUAUGAAGAUCUGACCAUUUUUCUUCAGCAGAACAUUCAUCAGUUUGAAACUGGUCCAUUUGGGUGCAUUCUUCUUACCCUGUCGGUUAUCUUUACAAGAUCUAUCGACCUGGUGCGCAAUGAUUUUGAUGUGCUCACAAACCGACUGAUUGGCACCCACGGAUACUGCACACAAGAACUUGUGAACUUGCUGCUGACUGGUAAGGCUGUGUCCAACGUGUUCAAUGAUGUAAUAGAGCUGGACUCUGGAAAUGGAAAUAUCACCGUUUUGAAAGGAAUCACUAACCGCAGUGAUAUCGGCUUGCUGUCUCUUUUUGAGCACUAUGAUGUUUGCCAGGUUGGCUGCUAUUUGAAGACCCCGAGGUACCCAAUUUGGGUCGUGUGCAGUGAAAGCCAUUUCAGUGUGCUUUUUUGCUUGAGAAAGGACUUACUAGGUGACUGGAAAACGGAACGGAGAUUUGAUCUCUAUUACUAUGAUGGCCUGGCCAACCAGGAAGAGGAAAUACGGUUAACAGUUGAUACAGUUCAGCCUUACACUGAAGAUAAAGAAAAUGACCUUAUUCCUCCACUUGAGCACUGUAUUAGGACAAAGUGGAAAGGAGCCGUUAUUGACUGGAAUGGCACAGAACCCAUCUUGUGACUGAACUGAAAUAAAAGGAAACUGCUAGAACAGCACGUUCUUAUUCUCACCAGUAAGGAAGCAGGGCGAAACUCCUGGCCGCUUUUGCAAUGUAUGGUGAAGCUGAGUGACACGCGGCAUGCAGGCGGGAAGAAUUUCACCUUGCGCUUCAGCUAUUUCAUCCAUUGCGUAAACAUCAUUUACGUAAAUUCUCUGUCACGCACAAUGCGUGAAAGUAGACAGAACCUCCACUGCCAAAAUAAACUUUCAGACAAAGCAGUAAAGCUGUCAACUUCUACUUGAGUUCCAUUGCUGGGUUCAUUCUGCAUCUUGCAAGUUUCUCCAAAGAUCAGACAAAAGAAGCCGCACCCAGAUUUCUUUGACAUUUGCUUUUCCUUCCUCCCCCUCACAGCCCCCACCCAAGGAAACCAAGGUACAAACGUGAAGCACUGCUAGAGAAAGAAGUUAUCUUCUUUCACUAGUUUUUGUAGUUCACACUUUCCAAUGAACUGGUUAUUAACACUGUAGGCACUUGCAGUAUGGCCUGGACUACACACAGGUUUUGUACUAGUGUAACUAGGUGGGGAUAUAAUAUUUACUGAUAUCAUUAUACUGGUACAAGCCCUAGUGUGGAAGCCAGUUAUACCAAUAUAAGAGUCCUUAUACUAGUAGAAUUUAUUCCUCUGCCUGUACAGGCGACUAUGUCUAUAUUAUGAACAUCUGCAGCCAUAGCUAUGUCAGUCUGAGGUAUUAAGAGGGAGAUCCCUGACCAACAUAGCUGUGCCAGGAGAAGCUCCUAGAGUAAAUACAGCAAUACUGGCAAAACUUUGCUUUUACUGAUAUAGCUUGUUUCACGCAUGGGGGUGGUUUUACUAAAUCAGGACAAAGUGCAUCUAUGCUAGCACAGCUGCAUCUACACUAGGGAUAUCUCUACACUACUGAAACAAUGGGCUUGUCUUCACU